GCGAGUGUAGUAACUAGUAACUGGUCAUUUCCUGUGGGAAGAGAAUCGUAUACGCAGGAAAGGGAAAACGAUGGAGAAGGGAAGAGGAGUGGUGGUGGUAGCAGCUCUGCAAUUUGCUUGCUCUGAUGACGUCUCAUCCAAUGUCGAUACAGCCGAGAGGUUGGUUCGUGCUGCUCAUGGGAAGGGUGCAAAUAUUGUUCUUAUUCAGGAGCUAUUUGAGGGCUAUUACUUCUGCCAAGCUCAAAGGGAAGAUUUCUUUCAACGUGCAAAACCUUAUAAUGGCCACCCUACAAUUCAAAGGAUGCAGAAACUUGCAAGAGAACUUAGGGUGGUGAUACCAGUAAGCUUCUUUGAAGAGGCCAACAAUGCUCAUUAUAAUUCAGUUGCAAUGAUUGAUGCCGAUGGUACAGAUCUUGGUCUGUAUAGGAAAUCCCAUAUCCCAGAUGGACCAGGUUACCAGGAGAAGUUCUACUUUAAUCCAGGUGAUACUGGCUUCAAGGUCUUUGAAACCAAGUUUGCCAAGAUUGGAUUAGCCAUUUGCUGGGAUCAGUGGUUUCCAGAAGCAGCACGAGCUAUGGUUCUUCAAGGUGCGGAGAUACUGUUUUAUCCCACUGCUAUCGGUUCUGAACCACAGGAUCAAGGACUUGAUUCCCGUGAUCAUUGGAAGCGAGUAAUGCAAGGGCAUGCUGGGGCUAAUCUGGUACCUCUAGUAGCUUCAAACAGGAUAGGAAAAGAGAGAAUCAAGACCGAACAUGGUGACAGUGAGAUCACAUUUUAUGGAAACUCUUUCAUAGCAGGGCCCAGUGGUGAAAUUGUGGCAAUUGCAAAUGAUAAAGAUGAAGACGUUCUUGUUGCGGAAUUCGAUCUGGAUAAGAUCAAGUCCAAGAGACACAGUUGGGGUGUAUUUCGGGAUCGGCGUCCAGAUCUAUACAAAGCCCUUCUAACAUUAGAUGGCAGCAACAAAGAUCUUUGAUAACUCUACGAACUUGUUUUCUUGUCUAGUAUGGAGGUAAUCAACCAGAAGCUUUAAUAAUGUGUACUCUUUUACUGGUCAACUUGUUGGAAGAAAAAGAAUGAACAGUAAUUGAGAUACAUGCUUUUUAGUUCUCAGGUGGCUUGGUUUUUCAAGACUCCUUCCUACCUUCUUUAA